CUCCCCGCCCCUACGCGCCCCGCCCCGCUCACCGGCCCGGCCGGCCUUCCCGUGCCGCCUGCGCUCCCAGCGCCGGUUCUCCUGGUACCCGGAAAUGGACCAAUUUUGACAAGAUGUAGUGCUGCAGUUCGCCUCACUGGAUAUGUACCGUCAUGGCAUCCGAACUUUGUAAGACGAUCUCUGUGGCAAGGCUUGAAAAGCACAAGAACUUGUUCUUAAAUUACAGGAAUCUCCACCAUUUCCCAUUGGAGUUGUUGAAAGAUGAAGGACUGCAGUACUUGGAGAGACUCUAUAUGAAAAGAAACUCCCUUACAACCUUGCCAGAAAACCUUGCUCAGAAGCUUCCAAACCUUGUGGAACUAUACCUCCAUUCAAAUAACAUAGUUGUGGUUCCAGAAGCUAUUGGGUCUCUUGUAAAACUCCAGUGUCUGGAUCUUAGUGACAAUGCCUUAGAAAUUGUUUGCCCAGAAAUUGGUCGUCUGAGAGCUUUACGUCAUCUUCGAUUAGCUAAUAACCAACUGCAAUUCCUACCUCCAGAGGUUGGCGAUUUGAAGGAGCUGCAGACACUAGACAUUUCUACCAAUCGUUUGCUAACUUUACCCGAGAGGCUUCACCUGUGCCUUUCUCUGCAGUACCUGACUGUGGACCGCAAUCAGCUAUGGUGUGUGCCGCGCCAGCUCUGCCAGCUGCCCAGCCUCAACGAGCUGUCCAUGGCUGGAAACCGGCUUGCAUUUUUGCCACUUGAUUUAGGUCGGUCUCGAGAGCUCCAGUAUGUGUACGUGGACAACAAUAUUCACCUGAAAGGCCUGCCCUCCUACUUAUACAAUAAAGUCAUCGGGUGCAAUGGCUGUGGUGCCCCCAUCCAAAUGUCCGAGGCGAAGCUGCUCUCCUUUUCAUCAGGGCAGCUGACCGUCUUCCUCCCAGCAGAGGUGAAGGCCAUAGGGACAGAGAAAGAUCACGUUCUGCCCUUGCAGGAGCUGGCCAUGCGGAGUCUCUAUCACACCUACCACACGUUUCUAAAAGAUUUGAACUUCUUGUCUCCGAUCUCCUUACCCAGAAGUCUCCUGGAGCUGUUGCACUGCCCCCUGGGGCACUGCCACCGGUGCAGUGAGCCCAUGUUUACUAUCGUCUACCCCAAGCUGUUUCCCUUGAGAGAGACGCCGAUGGCAGGGCUGCACCAGGGGAGGACGACUGUCAGCUUUGUGGCCUACUGCUGCUCCACCCAGUGUCUAAAGACCUUUGACCUGCUGGGCUGAUGAGCACUCCAGAGCCUGGGCAGCGCUGGCAGCGUGACGCAGUGGCCGCCUGCAGACGGCACAUGCCAUGAGAAUCCAGCCAGGCGGGAUUGGGCCCUUCCACCCUGCGCUGUCCACCACAGGGGCCGCCAGAACUCUCUGGAAGUGUCGUGAUUGGGCUUCCCAGCUAAAAUGCCUUCUCCCUUCUCCCCACGUUGGAAUACAUCCUCCCCCAAAUUAAGGACA